AUGGAGGAAACCAACAGGGGUCUGCUUGUACGGAACUGGGCGCCGCAGCUGGAGAUUCUUUCCCACGAUUCGAUCGGCGGGUUUCUGAGCCACUGCGGGUGGAACUCUGUUCUCGAGAGCUUGAGCCAGGGGGUUCCGAUCAUCGGAUGGCCGCUGGCGGCGGAACAGGCGUUCAAUUCGAAGCUGCUGGUGGAGGAAAUGGGCGUCGCGGUCGAGCUGACGAGAGGAGCUGGGGGAGAAUUGGGGAGGGAGAGAGUGAAGGAAGUUGUUGAGAUGGUGAUGGGGAAGAAUGAGAAAGCAGAGGAAAUGAAGAGGAAAGUUGUUGAUCUUUCUGAACACAUGCGGGCGGCGAUUAGAGAUGAUGGUGAGAAGAAGAAGAAGGAGGAGGAGAAGGGUUCUUCUGUCAGAGCUAUGGAUGAUUUCGUGGCGACCAUUUUCAGAAAGUUGUAA